AUGAGCGACAUUGUGAGCCAAGAAUUGGUACUUGGGACUGAUGUCACCCCCGACAAUUCAUCCGACCAAGAUUGGGAAGACAACGUCAGAAGCAUGAUGCAAACAUUUACAGUCGACCAAACGGACUGGAUACAGCAAAGAAAAAGCAGGAAAAGAAAUUCAAUGGCCUUGCUGUCAAGACCUGUAAAAGCUUCCAUUCACAGCAUAUCUGGUAUCGACGAUGAUCAAACGAACGUUGAGUACGUAUCGGGUUCCUUUGAAAACGAGGAGAGAGGUCCAAAAAGAGCAAGAAGGAUAUCUCUGCUGCGUCUAAAUAAGGAUACUGUACGGCUAGUGCAGCAUAGUCCGGGUAUCGACAGUCCAGGGUAUUCAAUUAAGAGCAACUAUUUCGACUGCGUAUCCUCAAACGGAAACAAGGAGAAAUCUUGUUUAUGUCUCACUUCAAGAGAUGAAGAGAACUCUCGUGCUCUGUUGUCACUAAGUCCGACAUCUCAAAACUAUCAUAGACGAACUGCGUCCGAGAGUAUGAUGGCCGACUCAACCAUCAAUGCCCACAUGGCAACCAUGCAUGCACUUGAGUCACGAAAUCUCGAUCUCCCACCAGUGGCUCCACAUGGAUUCACAUACCUGCAAUCAGCUACUACUUCCGAAUCCCCACAGUCGUCGUCCUGCCCGAGUAGCCGCACAACGUUGUCAUCUCUACUGUCGGCCAAUAGCGAUCGCCUUGUUUAUAUACCAUCUCGUUUUUCUGAGACACAGUAUCCCUUGACGACUAAGAAGGAGCAUAGGAAAUUCAAGCCACAUACUCAACGGAGCUGUUCUUAUCCUAGUGUCAACAAUCGGGGGAUGGAAGAGUCCGCAAAGCUAAAUGAUAUUAAUGCUAAUGUCAAUCGAGAAGACCAGACAACGUUUGGUGACUGCAAAGGCAACCGUAUGCUUGGCUUUGUUGCCAGUGAGGAGAAGCUUUUGCAAAGAAGCGGGCAUGAAAGGAAAAUAAAAUCACAGGGAUUGAAGGGAAGUGAUUUUCAGUCUGGGAGCGCUAGUGCUGAAAGUAUGAUCUGGCUAAGCUUGCGAAAACAUGGCUGGAUGAAAGACAGUGAUGAUGGAAAGAGGAGAAAAAUGGUUCGCUUCGACGUGCCAAACGUAUCUUCACUCCAUGAUUGCAGCUAUCCCGAGAAGACACGAAUGCGGAUUGGAGAGGUAUUAGCAUUCGACGACAAGCGUUUUGCAGAAGACCUCCAAGCUGGCCACCGUAAACUAGCUGGAUCUUGCUUCCUUCGUACAUUCAGCGCUCACAGGCUAUGUGCCGUACGCCUCAGUCAAACCAAUGUAUGGAGUGGUACUCAGACUCAGACGACUACAGAAGGGUUGCUAGCAGCAGGGGAUGGGAUCUGCAUCUCUGAAGACACCCAACAUCCGCUGACAGAAGAAGGCUUGAUCAAACUACUGAGAAAGCCACAUAUAGGACAAGAAAGAUUCAUGUGGGUUCACUGGGCGAGGCGGAUCGCAGCAUCAAACUCCGUUGUGCAGACAUAUCCAUAUAUGAGAGACUCAAGCCGACUCCCACCACCGACGAUCACAACAAUCGAAUUCCUGCAUACACCAUGCACAUUUCGCAUUCUGAUGGCACUCGCGAUUUGUUUGCUUGGUUGUAUCACAGCAGUGUUAAUAUGGAUUUUUAUGAGUUCUGGUAAGAUAGGAAUGGAGGGAGAUGCAGAGGAGCAGACAAGUAAGCAUGUGGGGGAUGGGGUGGGCAUUGGUAUACUGGUGCUGAUGUUAGAAGGGGUUGGGGUUUGGACUUGGAUCGCAUUCAGUUAA